AUGGAGCACCCGAAGAACAAUCAGCUUCCAAACAAAUCGAUGAUGAGUCACUUAUCUGUCAAAGCUUCAUGCCGUAAAUUGCAUGAAGCUUUGAGUCGCUUGAACGGACCCGUGCGCGAUCUGUUUUCAACAACUAGCUUCGGUUACUCAUUGGACUUACCAGCUCAGUCCGAAGACGGACUUCUUAUUCAUGGGCUGUUACUUCAUAUGUUGCGUCCUACUGCUGAAACGGACACCGCUGAACGCCUAUAUUUUAGGUUUUCUAGAUGUUCUCGUGGGGGAGUUAUCUAUGGAGUAAAACAUACCCUAAAUUGUCGGGAGGUUAACUUGGGAGAAAGUCUACGAUCUUUUCGAUGUUCAUCAGGACGAGGCGCAUCAACCGAAAAAAAAAAGAUGAUUGCCUCAGAUGCCGAGGCCUCUACUUCACAUUAUCUGUCAUAUAUUACUAGUUUGAAUUGUGAAUCGUCUGAAGUCCCUUCUUCUGUACGCUACAACUUUAGAAAUGAUGUAAGGGGCAUCUUCGUCAAAAACAAGCUGUGGAAACAACCAAUCUUUCAAGUCUACAAAGCGAACUCAUAUGGUGGAAAUUACCAAAAGACCGCGCGAGAAAUAAUGGCAAGACUUGAAUCUUUGAAGGAAGAAAUCCGAGGAUUGAAAAAUAAAGGUGGAACUCGAGACGGUGAUGAUUUGGAACAGUUUUUUAAUGACACUUUUGAGGGGAAUGAGGAUGUGGUAUAUAGUCCACAACAAUCAAAUAGAGUUAACGAGGAUGAUCAUGUUGUUAAUCCACUAGAGGAUGAUUCUAGAAAACAAAUCGCGGAUGUGAAGAAGAAUAAAAAGAAGAAGGUUGUUGCUAGCGACAUUGUGGAUGCGGAAAAUCAUAUACCCAUGCCUGUUGUUAAAGAAGGUCGUGCGGUUAGGCAAUUGAAACCUUCUCAAUAUCUUAGUUCUCGUUAUGUUUUGGUAAGUUCAAAAUGCCCCCGAUAUCGUACAGGUGGGGUAAUACACAACGAACAACCGCCCCCCGUAUUUGUCAGCGAUCCCUCAUCACUUUUAAUGGAGCCGUAUGUGAAUUCGGGUUGUAAUGCUCCUGCUCUAUACAUGGGCAACAAACCGACUGUUUUUUUUUUGAAACAUCGGUUAUACAAUGAAAAAAUGGAAGCAAGGUUUUGGGAUCGGAUUUUUUAUGCAAGUGAAAUGGGAUUUUUAGAUGAAGCGGCAGGAAGUGCAACGGGAAAUCCGUUUGACCCAUUGGAUGGAUGUAAAUCUUGGCUGGAAGUUGACCGUGUUUACUUUCCAAUAUGCAUCAACCCACAUCAUUGGGUACUUGGCGAGUUAUGGAUGGACACGCUGUCAUUGAAUUUCUACGACAACUUCCGAUUAUUUGGCGCCGUGAAGAUUAUUCAUUUUUUUCGGUUUGAAGAGCUUAUAGACCGCAUUCUGGUGGAAAUUUCGUAUUGGAACCACAUGGGUCGACCGAUUGGUAUAUCGAUGGCAACUGUUGUUGCUGCUACUCAGUUUCGUUAUAGGAUGGCCAUGAUAUAUUAUGGAUCUUCUAUACAGUCGAUUUUGAGUUAG